AUGAUUCCAUGUCAGCAGGUCGCCAUGAUGCGAUGCCAUGGCUACACCUGUCCACAGUCGUCGAUGGCGCUGCCGGUGCCCUGGAGGAUGCCAGCUGCGACUGCGGGCCACAGCAUCAGCCCUGGCCGCUCCGCGGGCUCUCUGAGCGCCGCAACAGCCAGCGCCGGCUGCGCGAUGCUUUGGAGGGUUGGCCAGGGGCAGCGUGUGGUGCGCGCACGGGUGUUCUUGCGCGUCAAACGCUGGAAUAGGAAGGACGUGGAGGAGGAGGAGGACGAUGAGGAUGACGAUGAGGACGACGAUGAAGAUGAGGAUGAGGAUGAGGAUGAGGAGUUGGAGGAGAAGGUCAUGAAGAUUGCCCAGGCUGUUUUGGAUGAGCUUGUGAGCUUCGCGCCCGUGGUUGGCCCCUUCAAGGAUGCGGUCCGGGCCUGGCAGGAUGGGCGGGUUCGGGACAUCUGCUUCCAUUCGGUGAUGAUGGUUCUUGACCUCACACCAGUGGUCCUCGCAAGUGAGGCGGCAAGAGCCGCCAAGGUCUCUUCACGCGUCGCCAAGCUGGUGAGAAAAGGUGAGAGGGGCUACUCGUUGAGGAAGGUGGCCAUUGCGGCCAAGAGAUUGACGAAGAAUGCCGAGAAGGCGCAAAAGCUCACUCCUGAGAUUCGAAGGGUUCUGAAGCUGAUCCACAAAGUGUGCGUGCGAGUGGAGAAGGAAGCUUCUGCUGAGCAAUCUGAGAAGGAGAGCUGA